AUGCAUCAGGUUCCGCUGAGAGAUGCUGAGAGGGAGAAAGUUCCAGAAGAUGACGAGGUGCCCGGGGCAAAGAUGAAAGAGAAUAUGUUAUAUCCUUCCCCUGUACCCCCCUACAUCACACAACCUUCCCCUGUGCCCUCCUACAUCAUACAACCUUCCCCUGUACCCUCCUACAUCACACAGCCUUCCCCUGUACCCUCCUACAUCACACAGCCUUCCCCUGUACCCUCCUACAUCCCACAACCUUCCCCUGUGUCCUCCUACAUCACACAACCUUCCCCUGUACCCUCCUCCAUCACACAGCUUUCUCCUGUACCCUCCUACAUCACACUGCAUUCACCUGUACCCUCCUACAUCACACAGCCUUCCCCUGUACCCUCCUACAUCACACAGCCUUCCCCUGUACCCUCCUACAUCACACAACCUUCCCAUGUACCCUCCUACAUCACACAGCCUUCCCCUGUACCCUCCUACAUCACACAACCUUCCCUUGUACCCUCCUACAUCACACAGCCUGCCCCUGUACCCUCCUACAUCACACAACCUUCCCCUGUACCCUCCUACAUCACACAACCUUCCCCUGUACCCUCCUACAUCACACAACCUUCCCUUGUGUCCUCCUACAUCACACAACCUUCCCCUGUACCCUCCUACAUCACACAACCUUCCCCUGUACCCUCCUACAUCACACAGCCUUCCCUUGUACCCUCCUACAUCACACAGCCUUCCCUUGUACCCUCCUACAUCACACAACCUUCCCCUGUACCCUCCUACAUCACACAGCCUUCCACUGUACCCUCCUACAUCACACAGCCUUCCCCUGUACCCUCCUACAUCACACAGCCUUCCCCUGUACCCUCCUACAUCACACUGCCUUCCCCUGUACCCUCCUACAUCACACAGCCUUCCCCUGUGUCCUCCUACAUCACACAGCCUUCCCCUGUACCCUCCUACAUGACACAACCUUCCCCAGUACCCUCCUACAUCACACAGCCUUCCCCUGUACCCUCCUACAUCACACAGCCUUCCCAUGUACCCUCCUACAUCACACAGCCUUCCCCUGUACCCUACUACAUCACACAACCUUCCCCUGUACCCUACUACAUCACACAACCUUCCCCUGUACCCUCCUACAUCACACAGCCUUCCCAUGUACCCUCCUACAUCACACAGCCUUCCCCUGUACCCUCCUACAUGACACAACCUUCCCUUGUACGCUCCUCCAUGACACAACCUUCCCUUGUACCCUCCUACAUCACACAACCUUCCACUGUACCCUCCUACAUCACACAGCCUUCCCCUGUACCCUCCUACAUCACACAGCCUUCCCUUGUACCCUCCUACAUCACACAGCCUUCCCCUGUACCCUCCUACAUCACACAGCCUUCCCCUGUUCUCUCCAUCACUCAACUUUCACCUGUAAAGUCUUUCGCCCGAGCACUGUUCCCCCCACCACUGCCUUAUCACGUGACCUGA